AUGCAGGCACUCGACCUUCGACACGGCGAGAACAGCGCAGACGACCACAGGGACUGGUAUCACAAAAGGAACUUGGCACUGAUCCUCGUCAACGCAAACGCAAACAACGUCAACUUCCCCGGUAGCAACUUCGCCUCUUCGUACUCGCCCAUCCUCCGAGACGCCGCUGUCGCCACUUAG